AUGUCUGCGCCAGGUGCAAUCAGAAGAGCUUGGUUCAAAUGGAAGCAGCUUCGAUUGCCUUGGAGAAAGACAUUCCUGAUAGGAUUCGAUCUAAGUGGAAACACAUUCUGGGAGUUCAAAGAUGCUUUGAACGCGAACCGAUGGCGGCGGAUUGUCAGAUAUAGUCGCGCUACACAUUAUGCCGAUGUCAAGAUAAGUCCACAAUGGCAUCAAUGGCUGCGGCAUACUCGAGACAAGCCGCCCACAAUUCAGGAACAGCAGUACGAUGUUUCUAGACAAGCCAUGAUGAAACAACUUGCGGCAGAAGCAGAUGAGCGAUGGAAGAGCAUACCUUCAUAUCUCGACAAGCCGAACGUACAACAACCCCAACCUGCGAUGGGAGUGCAAGAUCCGGGAGGCUAUGCGUCACAGACAGAACCGGAGCACAAACAGGGCGUAACGAACCUAGUUGGCGAGCUAGAGAAGGUAGAAGCCGUGAGCGAAGGACAAGACACGAAAGAGAUAGAUGAGGGCAGGCUCAAGGGCAAGAGCAAGGAGAAGAGAGGGCCGAAGCCGAAUCCUUGGGAACAUCUGCAGCCGAAGGGCAACCCAGGCGAGGAGUGGCAACCAAAUUCUUGGACACCUGGUGUGGCUCAGAGACGGUAG